UGUGAUUUGUAAUAAUAAAAUAAUUAAUGAAAUUUUAAAUAAGUAUUUACAGUUUUAAUUUCAUUUUAAAUGGUAAUUUAUGAUAAAGCAACAAAAUGGAACUUAUUUAUUCAAUGAGACGUAAGCCGCUUAAAUGCGAGCCUCCACACUUUGAUAGAACAACAGAUCCAGAAGUAGUGAGGCCAGUAUGUACCAUCUCUACAUGCAAUAUUAUUGCCUUCUCUUCACUGACAGAACUCGCAGACUCUGAUGGUGAAACAUGGGGUGGCCAUGUGUAUGUAUGUGAUUUGGACACACCAUGGGACAGCCACAAAGUUGUCAGUACUAUGCAUCCAGUAUCUGCUAUAGAAUGGGACGGAGAGGGCAAGAAGCUACUUGUUGCUACUACAGUGGGUGAAGUGUCAGUUUACGGGCAGAAGGAGUAUCUCCUAAAUGAGUGGAUAUGCUUGUAUACUGCUAAUUUCCCAGGUGAAUAUAUAAAAAAGGCUAUAUUUUUCCACAAUGGUCGAAGGGUGGUAGCAUUGGAGAAAAAGCCUGAUGCACCUAUCAGUGACAGGAUACAAAUGUUGAGAGCCACACCAACAUUGAAAGGAUUUGGCGGCGCGGCGUGCGAAGGCGCGUGCGUGGUGUCGGGCACGGGGCUGGUGGGCGCGCUGACGCCGGGCGAGGGCGCGCGCGCUCACGUGGCCGCCGACUGCCUGCGCGCCGUGCGCGGACACGUGGCCAGCGCCGCGCUCGCGCACAAGAAUGGAAACCUGCUGAUAGCGGCGGGCUGGCGGCGCGGCAACAAGCGCGGCGUGCACUGCGCGCUGUGCUCCGUCGCGCGGCCCGGCGCCUCGCGCGCGGCGCCCGUCGCCAUACAGCUGCAGCCUCUGCCCACCGUCUACCUGCUGGACGACGACGUGACGCCCAUGUCGAUAUCAUGGUGGCUUCGCGACGACAUCGACUCGCUGCUGAUCGCCGGCGCCAACCUCACCGUGUGGAAGCUGACGGAGCGCGCAUAUCCUGUACACAAGUUACUGUCCAAAGGUCCAGUGCAGGGCAGCACGACUCCUGGUGGGGGGCCGAAAACUGUAGACUGUUUUAAUACUGUGGCGUGGCAGCAGGCGGCCGCAUGGCAGCUAGAAGGUGCCGAGAACGCCACGCACGUGUCGGCGGCGCGGCUGCCCCUAGGCGCGCACGCUGUGCUCGCCACGCCGCGCGCCCUGCACCUGCUGGCGCGCGACACUCACCACUACUUGGUAUCGCGGCCCGUCGUCACGAGCGGAGUGGGUGCGGGAGCGCCGGAGGCAGCCAGCGGCGCCGGCACUCCGCCGAAGAAGACCAAGUACGGGCCCGGCGCUAUACCUAGCGGCGCGAGUUGCGCCACCGUGUGGUGCGUGGAGAUGUCGGCGCUGGGCGGCGCGGUGGUGGCGGUGGACACGCACUCGCAGCUGCACGUGUACAAGCUGCACCAGCCCGCGCCCGACAUACCAACGCCACUGACAGUGCAGCACGUGACCUCGCUGCUGGAGUACUCCAUGGUGUCGGGCUACGACUGUCUCGACGUACUGAUGACUCUCAAAGCCAACAUCGUUGAGGCUGUUUAUGAAAGGUUGACGGAAAGUUUCCAAAGGCAGCCGCCGUCGUUCCAGCAGUUUUAUUUCCACAGUUGGCUUAAACUAAGGAUAGCGUUGUGCAGUUUGUCAGCGUCAUGGCAGAGCAGCGCUGCGGCGCUGACCUCGCUGCAGUUGUGCUACGCCACGUGGGCCGCGUGCGCGAGCGCGCUGCGCGACGACAAGCCCGACGUGGCGCCGCUCUCCGCCCUGCUGGACGAGCACGCGCCUUCUCUACCGGAGCACGACAAGAAUCUUCUAGCAUUAGAAGCGAAAGCGGAAAUGACGAGCGAGGGUGCCCUUCAAGCGCUGCAGCCCUUGCAAGCGCUCAGACGACCGCUGCAGAGGGCACUGCACACGGCGCUGACAGCGCUCGCAGCGCUGCAACCGGCCAACCUGCACCAGCUGCAACAUCACAGUGGGUACGAGCUGUGGUCCGACCCCGCCGCGCUCACGUUACUGCGCAAGCUGGUGCUGGUGGCGCGCGCGUGCGGGCGCGGCGGCGAGGCGCUCAGCCGCCCGCUCGCGCGCCUGGCCGCCAACACUCCGCCCAAGCCGGACCUGCUGGAGGAGUGCGCAUGCGUGUGCGCGCAGGCGCCGGCGCGCGUGUGGGAGGCGCUGCCGCGUCGGUGUGUCGCCGCGCCGCACGCGCGCACUUGGCCGCUCUACUUGGAGUACGGCGUGGAGCCCGAGGCGCUCCGCUACGUGCCCGAGCCGCCGCCCCACGCGCAGUCCGACAUCGCGCCGUCACUCGACAUGGACUCCAUCAGGUACAUGUACCUGGGCGGCGGGCGGCGCGCGGCGCGCUGGCGGCGCUGCGGGCGCUGCGGCGCGCGCGCACUCCCCGCCGCGACGCCCGCCAAGCAUCCGCUGCAGAAGGCCUACGACCAGCGCUUCCUCGCCGCCUGCAGAUGUGGUGGCAAGUGGACCUUAGUUUCUAAUGUAUAAGUAGGUAAUUUAAAUGUACUUAAUUAAGAUUUGUU